AUGCAACGAAAUCCGCGCUACCCAAAUUUAUACAAUUCUGGCAUGCGAAACGCCUAUAAUCAAUUACUGUCUGAGAGAAACAACGAAGAUCACAGGGUAGGUUUCAAUGAUUCAGAAGAUGAGGAACACGAUGGUAAAGAUUUCAGUGACGAUUUCAGUGAUGAAAUCAGUGAUGAAAUCAGUGAAGACUUUUCCAAUGACAUGCUGGACAUAAGUGGCCGUUCGAGUCCUGGAAGAUCGGAGCUGGACGAUGAAUACGAACAGUUUAAGACAUCUUUGAUGCGCGAUGACUGGCCGGAACCCGAAGAAGAAGAAGAUGAUGAUGAUGACUACCAAGACAAGGAUUACACAGAAGCAGCAGAUCGAAGCUUCAUUUUGGAAAGUGACGAGCCUGAUGCGGAAACGUGGGGUAAUGAAAGUUUUGGGAAUUCAAGAGUUGGUAUACUACCGAGAAAUCGCGUCUUCAACGUUGCAGCACUAAUUGUGUUAUUUUUGGUACUCACAAUGGUUUGGAGACCAUGGUCCACAUCACCCAGCUUUGAGAAAUCUAUCAUCGAUGGGCAACCUUCUGCCACGACAGGAAAUGCUCAAUUACGCGCUCAACUCAAUGGUUUGUACCGGGAACUUCAAGACGACCGUAAAACUGCAAAAAAGGAGCUAGACAACGCUAUCCGCUUGGUUAUCUUGCAGGUUGAGAAAAACAUCAAAAAGCUGCUACCUAAAGACAUGGCAUCGGUACAAUCGCAGAUUGAGCGUCUUGACAGUCAAGUACAAGAUAUGUCACGCAGCGUAAGCCUGAACAAUGUGACUGAGUGGCAAGACUCUUUGGUGGCUGAACUACAACAUCUUUUGCCAGAACAGAUACCUGUAGUGCUGGAUAACUCUACCAGGGGCUUGAUGGUAGUGCCUGAACUCCACGGAUAUUUGGCCGAGCUUAUACCGCAAAUCGUCAACAGGACCGUUUCGAUAGCUUCCACACAACCUUUCCGCUACGACACAGGCCAGUAUGUGCGUGAAAUUCUCAGAAAUGAAUACCAAUACGUUGACAAGUCCUACUUCCUGAAGGAACUGGACGCAGCCUUGAGAUCCAACAAGGAAGACAUUCUGCGCGAGAUGGAAUCGCGAAUUUCGACUUUGGAAAAUGUACCGCAGCAGUAUUCCAAUGUGCUGCAACGUAAGCUCAUUCACAAAAUCUACAACGCCAACCAGCAUCAGUGGCAGGACGAUCUGGACUUCGCAACGGCGGCCCAAGGCACUCGUCUCAUCAAUCAUUUGUGUUCCAAGAGUUUUCAGGGCCUUCAAGGCAUCCCGUCCAAUGGGGUGUCUGCACUGGACCUGCUUACAGACUUCCAGCCCGCGCCUUCCACCUACUGGUUGUGCAGCAACGAAAAGAGCUCUUCCAAACAGUGUUCGUGGGCUGUGCGGUUUGCACAGCCACUUUACUUGACACGCAUCUCCUACGUUCAUGGCCGUUUCACCAACAACCUUCAUCUAAUGAAUGCUGCACCCAGCACAAUUUCUGUUUACGUCAAGCUACAGUCCUCCAACGGCGAUGCAGAAUUUCGUCGUGUAGCAACCGAAAAUGGUCACGGCUCCAUCUGGAAUCAGGACCGCUCUUUCAUCGAGAUUGGUUCCUGGAACUACGACACCAGUGACCCCCGCAUUCGCCAGAAUUUCCCUCUGCCUCCGUGGCUUAUACAAUGCAAGCCCCAGAUUCGUGCUCUGGCCUUAGUAGUGCGUUCGAACUACGGAAACGCGCACUACACAGCGCUUCGCAAAUUCGUCAUCAAUGCUGUAACCGUCCAAGAUCUUCAGUUGAGUUCCACCUACUCUCAAUCACGUCAAUUUGAAAUACCGGAAUAUUCCUCCCCUAUGCAGGAUUCUGAAAAACUACGCGCAUCCCAAGUUGCCGCCUGGCAACUUAGCAACAAUAACAAUUCUCCAUCACCAGGCGUCCGCGAAAAUGUCCCUUCUUUUGGACAAGACGAGUUCGACGACAAAUAA